AAAAAACGGAGUUUCACGACGCCUUUUUUUCCCACUAAUUUGCGAAUUUAAUGACUCCGAUUUGAUAUUAAAUUGACUGCGGUUCAUAUUCCCACCUGCAGGUGUCAGGCUCCCUCUUGCGCUCACUCUCGCCUUCAAACAAGGGAAGACGAAGAAGACGUGGUUCACUUCCUUAGCGAAGCGUAAAAAUGCGUCUUUGGUCUUGAACAUUUCUCGGGCAGCACCUCUCUCCAUGGGAUGAUGGAUGAUGUUGACAUGCACGAGGACUUGUCAGACAGUGGGCACCCCAAUAAUGAGGUGCUGGAGGAGGAGGAGGAGGAGGAGGAUGAUGAUGAUGAGUUCUACAUCCCUCCACCCAGGCCAGAUCUGGACCUGGGACAAGAGACCGACCUGCUCCUCCUUAGGCGAGCGGCGUCUCCGGCGAUGAGCUACAGCUCCAUGAACAGCGAUGAACUGUCGGAGGGAACGGAGCCAAACACAGACUUGGUCACCAGAACCCAGCUGGAAAGAGCUGAUUCCUACUCCAGCUGCUACUCUGUCGACAGCGAGGACUGUGAAAAGAUAACACCAAAGGUUAAAAUGAAGGAGAGCUCCGUGUCCAGUUCUUCUGAAACUGCAGAUUUGGAUGCAGAAGCAAACGACCUUCGUCGGGAUUGUCUCACGGUGGAAUUCUCAUACAAGGCCAUUUUCGAGACCCUCAGGCAGCUCUCUGAGGAGGACUUCAUCAAGUUCAGAAGGACCCUGUGGAAGAACUAUCCGAAGUUGUUCCACGCCUCUCCCGAAGCUCCUGACGUGGUUGGCGUGGUGGACAAUCUGCUGGAUUGUUACGGCCUGUGGGACUCGCUGUUCGUCACCAGGAAGGUUCUGGAACGGCUGGGACGGAGGAGGGCGGCGGACUGCCUGCAGAACCUGUGCUCCAGAAAUGAGGUGCGUCACGACUUGGCCCAGUCUCUGAGGACGACGUACGGAGUCGACAGUGACACCAUGGCGUUCAGCGACGUCUACACGGAGCUGCGCAUCACGCCCACACUCGACAGCGGCCCCAACGUUGAGCACGAGGUGCUGAAGAUCGAGAAGAGCGGCAGCUUGGAUGCAGGACCAGCACUGUCUACCGGGGACAUCUUGAGCCAGGAGCAGGUGGAGCAGUCCCACGUCAACCUGGCGUUCCUCACCGGAGUGGCGGGUUCGGGGAAGUCCUCAGUGGUCCGGAAGUUGAUUCUGGACUGGGCCGACAAGCGCUCCCACCAACACGUCUCCUUCCUGUUCCCGUUGCCCUUCCGAGUCCUCCAGCAGUUUGAAAGUGGCGAGGUCUCCUUGCUGGACAUUUUGCACACACUGUACCCCGAAACCCAGAGGUUGAAGGAGGCGGACUUCAACAGCGAAGACUGCACCAUGAUGUUUGUCUGCGACGGGUUGGAUGAGUACCAGGGCGAGCUAGACUUCACGGACACAGAGCUCCUGAGCGACCACACGGAACGCUGCAGCCUGAACGUUCUGGUGGUCAACCUCCUCCGAGGGAGGCUGCUGUACCGCGGCCUCUUCCUGUUCACCACGCGGCCGCAGGUGAGGAGCUUCAUCCCCUGGGACGUGCAUCGCCAGGUGCUGGAGGUGAGGGGAUUCUCAGAAGCUGCCUGCACCGACUUCUUCAGGAAGAGGUUUGAAGAUCAAACCCAAGCGGCGUCCGUUCUCCAGUACGUGGAGUCCAACCCGACCGUGCGCAUCAUGUGCCACCUGCCUCUCUUCUGCUCCCUGGUGGCGGAUGAGUGGCGACACCAGUUCAAGGGUCGCAGGCCUGAGCCGGUGCUGAGCCUCUCCUAUAUUUACACUAAAUUCCUUGUGGUGCUCACGUACCAGCGGCGGCCACUGAGCGCUCCUCUGGAGUUCCUCAUGAGCCUGGGACGACUGGCCUUCCACCUGCUGGAGCAAGGGAAGUUCAGGAUCAACAAGUCGGACUGGAGUCAGUUCCGAGUCAAGGACGUGGAGGCGGUGACGGUCAGUGGCCUCUGCAUCGAGUACCUCACCAAGCCCUUUGUGCUGUACGAGGAGAGAGUCAUCAGCUUCAUCCAUCCCACCAUCCAGGAGCACCUGGCCGCGCUCUAUGCUUUCCUCUCCUACAAACACCAAGGGAGGAACAUCUUCGAGGUGGAGCACUCGGACUCCUUCUCCCUUUCCUGGCUCGGCAAGAACAGCAAGAAGCCCUUCUACCAGUGCGCAGUGGACAGGAGCCUCCAGUGUGACGACGGCCGGCUGGACCUUUUCCUGCGCUUCCUGUCGGGGCUGCACCUGAAAGCCAACGUGGACCUUCUCGCGCCGUUGUGCGUCACGACACCGACCGGCACCGACCAUGCGGUGGCUCUGCUGAGGAAGAGAAUUGAGAAGAACCAGCAACCCCAGAGGACCCACAACCUCAGGUGCUGCCUGCGAGAGCUGCAGCAGACCUGACGUUUGAACACGUUUACUCAAGUGCCAAGGUAAACAGGAAGUGGUUGGUAAGUCAGAGUUCUGCUUUCUGUUUUAGACGGAAGCAGAAAAGGUCACCGUUUUUGUCGUUGCUGAUGAUGUGUGGUCAUGGUGCGUUCACUGGCACGAGGUCUUUCAGCUGCAUCAGGGGUUCUUCACCUUUUUUGAUCUCGGGGCCCAACCUUUCCACAGCAAAAGGGCCCGGGGCCCAUUCAAGAUAGAUAGAACUGAUUCAUUACUUUUGAUUUCAUUUGUGUUCAUUAGCCGUAUUUAAUGUAUUUACACUCAAACAAACCAAAACCUCAGAGAUAUUUAUAUUUCAUCAAAAAGUCCAACCAGCAGCAGAAGAAGGUGCAAGUAAUAUUCAGGGAAUUUACUAAAGAAAUAAAGAAAAAAAUACAGUUGAUCCAAACUGUUGAGGAAAUUGUAAAAUCCGAACAUGUCAUGAAUGAAGUUCUGCGUAAAAUAAAUAUUAUAAAGCAAUGUCUAAAUAUCGUGGAAAAAUGUGAACUCGGAAUAAUAUAUGUCAUAUAAAGAAUAUAGAAGUAAAUGAAAGUCAUUCAUUUUAAAAUUCAUUUUAAGAAGCUUUAAUGAACAGUUUUUACUGUUGGGAGCGCCGUCACUUUCUUUAUCCUAUUUUUCUUUUCCAGAACUUCUCCAUAGUUGGUAACUGUCUAGUCAAUUCAGAGACACACUACUGCCACCAUACAGUAUGUGGACUAAGUGUUUUUAGACAAAGCGUCUGGCGGGUGUAAAACAAAUACUUCUAGCGGCCCUCUAGGGGGCGCUCGCGGCCCAACCAGUGUGUGUCAAAUAAAGAAAACAGGAAAAAAAUAUAGAAUUCUGAGCCUUUUAAAAUGUUUGUAAUAUUUAUUUCAUGUUUCCUUUUGUUUGUUAAAGUGCCAAGGCUUCAUUUGCUUCCUAAAUAAAGGUUGAGUUUUGGUUGUCGCAGAGUUCCUGAGUGUGAAAGC